UGGCGGAAAGAUGGCGGCGCCCAUGGACUGUCUUGAGUCCAUGGAGGGUGAAGGCAGCGCGGGGCGUAGGGCGUCCGGGGUGGAGGUGGCGCUUCCCUCGGACCCCGCGGCUCCCGCCCCGCUGUGCCCACAUGGGCCCACUCUUCUCUUUGUAAAAGUGAGCCAAGGGAAGGAAGAAACUCGGAAGUUUUAUGCCUGCUCAGCCUGUAGAGAUAGAAAAGACUGUAAUUUUUUUCAAUGGGAAGAUGAAAAGUUGUCAGAAGCGAGACUUGCUGCCCGAGAGGCUCAUAACCAAAGAUGCCAGCCUCCUCUAUCUCGAACACAAUGCAUAGAAAGGUACUUAAGUUUCAUUCAGUUGCCCUUGACUCAAAGAAAGUUCUGUCAAAGUUGCCAACAAUUGCUGUUACCUGUGGAUUGGAGGGAGCACGGGGAGCAUCAGCUGUCAGCUGGCAUUUCCAUCACCCAGCUCAGAAGGCCCAGUCAGCUCCUCUACCCCCUGGAGAACAAGAAGACGCACGCCCAGUACCUGUUUGCUGACAGGAGCUGCCAGUUUCUGGCAGGCCUCCUUGCCACCCUGGGAUUCAGAAGAGUACUGUGUGUUGGAACGCCGAGGCUCCAUGAGCAGAUCAGGCUGACAGCACCAGGUGAGAAGUCCAACAUGAAAAGCCUUUUAUUGGAUAUUGAUUUUCGAUAUUCACAGUUUUACCUGGAAGAAAGCUUUUGCCGCUAUAACAUGUUCAACCAUCAUUUCUUUGAUGGAAAGGCCGCCCUUGAAGUAUGCAAGGCAUUCUUACAGGAAGAGGAAGGUGAAGGAGUGAUUAUGGUGACAGACCCUCCUUUUGGUGGCUUGGUUGAACCUCUUGCCAUUACAUUCAAGAAGUUAAUUGCUAUGUGGAAAGAAGGUCAAAGCAAAGAUGACAGUCACAAAGAACUGCCCAUUUUCUGGAUUUUCCCCUAUUUUUUUGAGCAACGGAUUUGUCAGUUUUUCCCAAGCUUCCGCAUGCUGGAUUACCAGGUAGAUUAUGAUAAUCAUGCGCUUUACAAACAUGGAAAGACAGGUCGAAAACAGUCUCCUGUGCGGAUUUUCACCAACGUCCCAGCCAACAAAAUAGUCCUUCCUCCAGAAGAAGGGUACAGAUUUUGCUCCCUUUGUCAGAGAUAUGUUUCUCUUGAGAAUCAGCACUGCGUGCAUUGUAAUUCUUGCACAUCCAAGGACGGCAGGAAAUGGAGCCAUUGCUUUCUCUGCAAUAAGUGUGUGAAGCCGUCCUGGAUACACUGUAGCACCUGCAAUCGCUGUGCACUUUCAGAUCAUUCCUGUUCCGGUCCUAAAGAUGGCUGCUUUAUUUGUGGUGCAUUGGAUCACAAACGCAGCAAUUGUCCCCGCAUCGGCACCUCUAGGAGAGCUAACAAAGCUGUCAGAAAGCAGAAGCAAAGAAAAAGUAAUAAGAUAAGAACGGAGCCACUAAAGGACAAUCCAUGAAUCACACAUCUGCUCCAAGAAGAAAGAAGAGGAGGGAAAAGGCCCAUCAAUAUCCUCGCUCUUAAAUGUCCAGUGACUUGAGAAUAAGGAAGAUUUAUAGUCCAACCUUUGAUGCCAUUUUCUUCAAGUGCCACACUGGACUUAAAUCCAGAUGCUUUCAAAGGUGUGCCUCCUCCAAAGCCCGGCAAUAGGCAGGUGGCAUUUGCUGGCUGAGUCCCUUCAGCUGCCCUGCAGACCCUGGAGCCUUCUGUUCUGUCUGUAUGCUUUUUCCACUCUUUAAAUCCCUACCAGUCUUUAUUUUGGCUUCUUUUAUCUGAAAAAUGGGUAUACAGCAUACAUUGACAUACAAUACCAGAUAGAAAUGCAAAUGAAAAGCUUUUGUUUUAAUUUAGAUAUGAAACAAUUUUGUUAAAUGACCAAGCAAUAUAGUAAGGUACAUUUGGCCCAUAUUCCAUGGGCCUGUUGUGCCCCAGGACUGCUAUGAAUGUGGCCCAACACAGAAUCAUGAGCACACUUAAAAUAGUAUGAGGCUUUUAUGUGACUUUUAUUCAUAACUUGAUUGCACAGUCAUUGAGUGGACUUGACAGCUGAUGUCAUGUUGCAAUGUCAAAAGGUUAGAUGCUCCCAGAUACUUUUAACAAAAAGUGUGAUACAUAGUUAUUUAUAGAUUGGAUCUGAAGAUGAUGGGGAAAUUGUUAUUGAAGCGCUGUUGAAAUAAAAUAUUGUAAUUAUUUUUCAUUAAAUCUUUAUUUUUUCA